AUGCAGAAGUCAUGUAAACCUGCAAUGCUAGGGCGCAUAUGGAGCGCUAGCCGCCGUGCACUUAACCUAGAACACUCACCCCCUCACCAGUUUGCUUGUUGUCAAUGGCAAAAAAAUCCACAACAUCCUUCCACAGCAUACCUUAUAUACAGAUGGCUGUUGUUCCUCUUUAUGGCGUCAAUUGCCGUUGCUAGUUUCUCGUGUCAGCGCCUGCCGCAGAGCUACGAUGGGCCAGUGAAGCUAAAUCAUUUCAAAUGGUUCAUUUACUUUACCAACUGGGGUUUCCUCCUGAUCGUGCUGCAGUCAGGACUAGCUCUCGCUGUUGUCUACCGGUAUAGAGGAGAAAAAAAUAAUUCAUCUUGUGAAGAGGAUGAAAUGUCAAUUUCCCUGGCACGAUGGAAACGCACGCCACACCUCUGCCGCUCUUAUUGGCUUGCACAUAUAAUCUCCACCGACCUUGCCUUCGUAAUUUCACUCGUUUACUGGGCUCUCGUACAUGAUCCGAAAAUACACGAAAUAAAUACUCUGAACAUCCUAGUCCAUGGCGGCAACUCUCUCGUGAUGCUCGUAGAGUUAGCUGUCACUGCGCAUCCGGUGCGUGCAGCACAUGCGCUGUACAGUGCUGGCGCCGGACUGGUCUAUGGUGUGUUCAGCGCGUUUUACUGGGCUGUUGGUGGGACUGACCGGAUCGGCCAGCCUGCUAUAUAUCCAGCUCUCAAUUGGGAUAAACCUGGCUCUGCAUUUGGCUUUGUAUCCAUGUGCGCAGUGGUUUUGGUAUUUGCGCACGCGCUAGCAACUUGUUGCGCCACGGUACGCAUGCGCCUUGCGCGUCACUUGCGUCCGGGACACGUCCACACCGGAGACCGACUCACACUACCUACGCACUGA